AGAGUUGCGUGUUCGCUUCCGGAGCGCCAUUGAAAGGUGCUCUGGGCCUUUUGUGUCGAGGACGAGGUGGGCCGCUUCGUCUUUCUUUUACGGACUUCUCGCUUCCGGAAAGUCGUCGGCGCGUCCCUCGUAGCCUUGCGGGGUCUCCUCCUGGCAGGGAGCCAAUUCCAGAUGCCCUGCCAUGGAUGAUGACAGUCAAGAUGAACUCAUUAAUAAGAAUGCUGCAGUAGGCAAAGUCAGGAGAACGAAUGCGCUGCUUUUCAGUGAUGCAGAAAGCAGUGAUGGAAGUAGCGGAGUAUCGGAUGAUACAGGCAGUGCGGAAGAGGGUGAUACUGAUGAAGAUGCAGGUGAAGAGGAUGAAGAAGGUGAAGAUGAAGAUUUAGACGAUUCUGAAGAAGAUGAUGAGGAGGAGGAGGAGGAGGAAGAGGAUGAAAUGGAAAUUUCUGCUGAACAACCAAACCAUUUGGUGAACGAAAAACCACAGUUGAAUCAAGGAGGUGGUUCUUCUUCUGAUGAAGAUGCUGAAAACUGUCCCAUAUGUCUCAAUACGUUCAGGGAUCAGGCAGUUGGAACACCUGAGAACUGUGCCCAUUACUUCUGCUUGGACUGCAUAGUAGAAUGGUCUAAAAAUGCCAACUCUUGUCCAGUGGAUCGAAUCCUUUUUAACUCUAUCUGCGUUCGAGUGCGUUUAGGGGGAGAAGUCCUGAAAAAAAUUCCUGUUGAGAAUACAAAGUCUCAGAAGGAGGAGGUGGAGGAUGAUCCUACCUUCUGUGAGGUGUGUGGCAGGAGUGACAGAGAAGACCGCCUGUUACUGUGUGAUGGUUGUGAUGCUGGUUACCAUAUGGAAUGCCUUAAUCCACCUCUGAGUGAGGUUCCUGUGGAUGAAUGGUUCUGUCCACCUUGCGCGCCAGCUAAUAUGGCAUCUGCAGAUAACGAUCAUGUAAGUGAAGAGGAAGUUGCUUCCCUCAUAGCUGAUGCUGUCCCCACCACCAGUAGAUUACGUCCGAAUGUCCGAACACGAGCAAUAGCUAGGACUCGCCAGAGUGAACGUGUGCGAGCAACUGUAAAUAGAAACAGGAUAACAACUGCACAGCGCAUUCAGCAUGUGCCAAGGUACCUUAUGUCUUCCUUUCUUGAUGAAGCAAUUGAGGCAGUUGCUGCAGGGUUGAGCACGGCGACAUACCAGAGACCAUUGACUCCUCGGGUCACCACCAAGAAGAAGAGAAAAAGAGGGAGAAGAAAGAAAGCGGCAGGCAAAAAGACUGGUACAAAAUCGUCUGUUGGCAAAAGGAGCGCAGGAACCUGGAUUAAGAGACGUCGACGUCGAACAAAGAAGAGAAAGGGGAAGAAAAUAAAAAUAAAAACUGAUGUGACUGUCCGUUCCCGAAUUGCCAAAACUCUUGGUCUUGGCAAGCCUGUACAUGGCAUGUCCAUCCCUUCCAUGUACAAACCAGUGGAUCCCUCGCUUGGCCUUAUGAGAGCAGAUAUUGGAGCAGCAUCUCUCUCUGUUUUUGGAGACCCCUUUGAGCUGGAUCCAUACAACAGUAAUGAAGAGCUUCCUGUAAACUCAGCCUCACCUGUGAGCGCCAAAAGGAGGGUCCUCUCUCAGUCGGCACUUCGAUCCCAUCGUCCUGUUGCUAGGCCAGUUGCUGUGGGACUUCCUGGGAGGAGUAUGCCUGCCUUGAUACCUGAAUCAGAAGCUGAGCCAGCACCUGUGCCUGACCUGUUGGGGAGCAUUUUGUCUGGACAAAGCCUUCUUAUGAUGAGUGGUUCUGAUGUUGUGAUUAAUAGAGAUGGCUCUUUAACGGCAAAGAAAACUGUUCCAUUACUUCACAGCAAUUCAGUAAGUAAUUCAAGAGUAGAAGAAAGCUUGGAAGGCGCUUCCCAGCCUGAUGCAGCAUGUUUGGAGACUGCAGUUAGUAGUUCUGGUGCUGAACCUUUGGUACAACUGAAUCCGAACUCCAGGUCCACCACCUCAAAUACUUAUUCAUCAUCCCCACCUUCGUUAAACAUAACAAAUAAAGCAGCAAGUCCGUUGCAGACUACAGCUGGAAGGGCACCUGUUCGAUUUGAAUAUUCAAUGACUCCAAGGUCUGUUCAGAAUCAGAAUCUGGCAAAUAUCAAUAGAUGUGUUCCCAAACUGGGCGAAGGAUCCAGAUUUAAUGGUGGCUCUAAACUGCCUGCUGGCCUUCCUGCUGCAUCUUCUAAGUCUCUGCAUAAUGCCGUCAGUUCAGUUUCAAAAACUGUUCCUGUGAGGCAGCCUCUAAAACCUGCUCCUAAAAGGCUUGAUAUCUCUGAACUUCCCAGGAUACCAAAGAUUAAAAAGGAAGCAAAUAGUGGGCAUUUGGAAUCUCAGUCCACCAGUAAUCGAAGUGGUGACAUUCCCAGCUCUUGUAUAACACAAUUGACUGGCAAAGGGAGCACAAACCAGCCAGUCAGGGGUAGUAAAAUGGAAAGCAGCGCAGCAAAUGCCCCUCAGAGACAAGCACACGUGAGUGGCGGUACUCCUGCUAUAAAUGCUGUCGCCCGCGGCACUUCCUCAGAUCCUCCAUCCAGAGGGAAAGUUGGAAGCUCUUCCUUUGAGAGCUUUAGAAUCAAUAUCCCUGGAAAUGUUGGGCAUUCCAGCAGACUGUCAAAUCCUGGAUUUUGCAAUACUUUCCGGCCUGUUGACAACAAAGUGCAGCAGAAAGAGAACCCUUCACCUCUCUUUUCUCUGAAAAAAACAAAACCAAUGAAAAGUGAAAUUUAUGAUCCUUUUGAUCCAACAGGUUCUGAUUCGAGUUCUACCAACAGCAGUCCUGAAAGGUUGCCUCUGACUAACAUCACUAGGACAAUAUCCAUAGCAAGUCCAAAAGUCCAGACAUUCCAAACAGUGCGUCGUUUUACCCCUUACAUGCUGGAAAAUAUCUUUGGGUCUGGGGCAGAAUCGUCUGAUGUUCCAUCGAGUAAUGCAGAGUCUAACGAUGAUGCAGUAAUUAAAGAGAGGCUUGUGGAGCAGGUCUCUGAUACAGAACAAGAAAAAAUUGAUGAGGAAGAAUUAUCAAGGACACCCUGUACUUCCACUGCCAUCAAACAAGAAGUUACUGAUGUAGAGCAUUUACAUAAAGAAAAUUUUAGGAUUGGUUUUGAAGAGGCUCAGGUUAAAUCUAGAGUAAAAAUGGACUUGGACAGUCCUUCAGGUGAGAAUCAGCAGCAAAAUACACCUAAAAAUGAGCAAUCUGAGAAACUGUCAUUAUCACACUUCCCAUCAAAUUCCAGUUCUCUGAACGAGAAGAAGGUAAAACAGAAAAAGACAGCGGUGAAAGAAUACAAGUCCACCAGGUCAAGAUCCAGAUCAAGGACGUGUUCAAGGGACAGAAGCUCAAGAUCUGCUUCUGCGUCUGGUGAGGAAAGCAGAAGCCAAAGGAUUAAAUCAAAGGUCAGGCAGUCAUCUAGUGAUUACUCCAGUAGUUGUGAUCGAUCCAAAAAGAAGAAAGCAAAGGAUAAAACUAAAGACAAAAAAGCAAAGAGUUCCUGGCCAAAAGAACGCAAGAGGUCCAGGUCGCGAUCUGCUAGUCCAGGCCACUCUCCUUUUGAAUACUACGGAAGCCGAAAGAAAAAAAAACAUUCUGUUUCUAAGGCAAGGGAACAAGAAUGUGCUGAGAGAAUUAAAAAAAAGAAGCAUAGAAGAGGCAGGAGCUAUGACAGGUAUGAGAAAGAGAGGUCCUCAAGAUCCCAAGAGAGAAAAAGAUCAAGAUCUAGGUCUCUGGAAAGACGAAAAAGGAAAUCAAAAUCAUCUUCUCCAUCAAGAUUUAGAGAACAUAAAAGAACUAAAUCUAAGGAGAAACAGUUGCAAUCUAGGUCAUGGUCCAAAGAAAAGAAACACAAGCCAAAAGAGGUGUUGCUGCCUCCUCAAGGGAAGGAUCAGAAAUCUUCAGGUGAUAACCUGAACAGGUGUCUUGAACACACUGUUCCUCUGAUACAAGAGCUAGAAAAUACCAUGCAAGAACCUUUGGAUGUUCAUAUAGACCGAAUGUCUACACAGGACAUUACUGUAAAAGGUACCCUAUUAGAAGCUGAUCUAGAGGAGCCCAUGGCAGUGGAACAAGUCUGUGAAAAACUUAUGAAUGAAGCAAUUCUUUCUCAACUGGAAUGCACAGAUUCUGAAAUAUUGCCAGACAAUGUAAAUUCCUCCUCCAAGAAGGAACUGGCAACAGGCACUGAAUCACUAGAGCUUAGUAAGCAAAGUGAUACAUCGGAGGACACUGCAACCAAGCAAGAAGAUGUCUGUCCAUUUCUAACAGAUUCUCUUUUGAAGGAGGAGGAACUUGUACAAGACGGUGAUGAGGCAUUGCCAGCCCAAGCUUCAGCUGAAGUCAAAACAGCAAUGGAAGCUAAAGAUAUGGACCUUUUGUUAGAUGAGAAGGCAGCUAAUGUAAAUAAACCUGAACUAGAGGCAGUAGCCCCAGGCCCUGUGUUGAAAUCUAAAACGUUAGUAAAAAGGGUUACAUGGAAUUUACAAGAGGAAGGAAGUGAUACAACGGCUGCGGACAAAACACCAAGAGUGCCAUUCUGCAAACAGCAGAGAACGAAAGAAGGGGUCUGGAAAGCAGAGGAUUUGACCCAAACAUUAAAUCAGGUGCAGUUAUCUGAGUCUCCUCCAACCAAUUAUAUGAUUCCUGAGCCUAUGUUUCCUGAUCUAGAUUCCUCUCAGGUUUACAACCAAAACCUACCUUUGGCAGCACCGCUGGCCUCGAGUCUGCCACCUUAUGCACCUGUUAGCCAGCCCACCGUUCAGUUCAUAAUGCAGGGGAGCCUUCCUUUGCUUGGCUAUGUGGCAGGACAAGGACUGACUCCGGAGCCUGGCAAUCUGACUACGGCCUCGGAGCCAGGAAUCCAGGCAGCUUCCACCGGCAAUGCAGAGGAAGAGGAAGUCAAAGCUCCUCAAUCCCCAGUAGAGAAAACAAAAAAUGAAGAGUAUAUGAAGAAGCUUCACAUGCAAGAGAGGGCUGUGGAAGAAGUGAAACUUGCAAUUAAGCCCUUUUACCAGAAGAGAGAGAUCACAAAGGAGGAAUAUAAAGACAUCCUUCGGAAGGCAGUGCAAAAGAUCUGUCAUAGUAAAAGUGGUGAAAUCAACCCUGUCAAAGUAGCUAAUCUUGUGAAGGCUUAUGUUGAGAAGUACAAACAUAUACGGAAACACAAGAAGACUGACACAGCAGAAGAGCCUCGGGAAGUUGGGAACUGAGAAACUGAGACUCAGAUGAAACAGUGGAGAUGCUUCUCACCAAGGAAUUUUCUUCGUCGACGGGAAGAUGGAGAUAUGCAGUUGCAUGUUAUGGAACACCCCCUCCUCUGGUACUGGAUGCAGUGGGACUUACCUGCAGGACUGGAGUCUUAUCAUAAAUUUCACUGCCAUUCAAGAAGCAAAUUGUCAGCAUACACCCCUUUACUUUGAGGAGUAGCUCUGGACAUAGAAAACUCUGUGUGUGAGUGUGUACAUAUGUAGGGAGAGUGCACUAUCAAUUUUCAUGAUUUAGUUUGAUCACAUAUCUGGCGGGGGGGAGGAGUCUGUGCAUCUGACCUGCUCACAGUUGAAAGACAACAUUUUUUCUAUACAGUAUGCGCCAAUGUAUGCUGUUCCCAUUGUGGUUUUAUUUAUGAGAAGUACGGAUUCUUUAAAGAUUUCUCUGAAAUUAGUUUAAUUGAACUGUGGUAUUUUUGCCUGUUCAGUGAGAGAAAUUUUGACUCAUUCUGUCAUAUGGGAAAUGCAGAUAUGCACUUAGCCUUUAUAAAUUCUCUUCAGAAAAUAUUGCUCUUCAAGUGGCAUUUAUUUACACUUUGGUGAGGCUGUCUUGAUGAGGAACUCCAACUUCAAUUUGUGGGGGUUUGAUGGUGGGAGAACUGGACUAAGUUGCACUUCCUUUGAAUAAUGUGCUGAUGGUUUAUUUUGCAUUGAACAAAAUUACCUUUCUCUGAGAGGGGAGGGGGAGGGGAUACAUUUGCGAGCUUUCAGUGGCAAACCCGAGGAGUGCAACAGAAGAAUGUACAAAGUGGAAAUGUGACAAUUUAUAAAAUUAUUUUGAAUUGUU